GUAGAGGAUUCUGAGUAACCCUGUUCACCUCGACAAGUCUUUUGCAUACAAAUUUCUCCAUCCUUGGCUUGGGACUGGCCUUUUAACCAGCACAGGGCAAAAAUGGCGCCAGAGAAGAAAGAUUCUGACACCGACCUUCCACUUUUCCAUCCUCGCUGACUUUUUGCAAGUGAUGAAUGAACAGGCAGAAAUUCUGGUGGAGAAGCUCGAGAAGAAGGCAGGAAAAGGUCCGUUCAACUGCUUCAGUGACAUCACCCUUUGUGCUCUGGACAUAAUCUGCGAGACUGCAAUGGGGAGGAAGAUUUACGCGCAGAGCGAUUCACAGUCCGAGUAUGUUAAGUGUGUAUACAGAAUGAGCGACAUUGUCAGCCACAGACAGAGGACACCCUGGUUUUGGCCCGACUUUAUUUACUACUUUUUCGGUGAGGGCAAGAAGCAUGACAAGACGCUGAAGAUCCUCCAUUCAUUUACCUACAAAGUGAUAAAGGAAAGGUCUGAAAACUUGUCCUACGUUGAAUCAGACAGCGAGUCUGACCACGGCAAGAGGAAGCGAAAGGCCUUCCUGGACAUGCUCCUGAAGACCACAGAUGAACACGGCAACAAGCUGAGCCAUCAGGACAUCCAGGAGGAAGUGGACACCUUCAUGUUUGAGGGUCAUGAUACAACGGCGGCCUCCAUGAACUGGGCUCUCCACCUGCUGGGAACCCAUCCUGAGGUGCAACGAAAAGUUCAACAAGAGCUCCAGGAAGUGUUUGGUACAUCGGGCCGACCCAUUAACACCGAAGACCUGAAGAAGCUCAAAUACCUAGAAUGUGUCAUCAAGGAGGCUCUGCGGCUGUUUCCCUCUGUGCCUUUCUUCGCUCGGAGCCUCUGUGACGACUGUGAUAUCAAUGGUUUUAAAGUCCCCAAAGGAGCAAACGCAAUCAUCAUCACCUACUCUCUUCAUCGUGAUCCGCGAUACUUUCCGGAACCAGAGGAGUUCCGACCGGAGCGUUUUUUUCCUGAGAAUUCGGCUGGAAGGCCUCCGUAUGCAUACGUCCCCUUUUCCGCUGGACUCCGCAACUGCAUAGGUCAACGUUUCGCCCUAAUGGAAGAAAAGGUGGUUUUGGCGUCCGUCUUGCGUAACUUCAACGUCGAGGCUUGUCAGAAACGGGACGACCUUCGUCCGGUCGGGGAACUCAUCCUGCGACCAGAGCAAGGCAUUUGGAUUAAACUGGAAAAGAGGGAACCUCUAGCUUCACAAAAGUAGCAUUCGCUAAAUAAAUCAUUAAUU